AAAGAAACGAAUUCCUCAAGAAUAAUUGCCCCGCUUUUGGAACAGGUGACGGAGGUUUAGGGUUUGUUCAUCUACCCGCACCAUAUGGCUGAUUCUCCACGCAAACGGGUUGCACGAUCUCCCUCUCCAUGGGAGGAGAAUUCGAGGUCCAGGUCAAGGUCAAGGUCCCGGUCAAAAUCCAGAUCUCAUUCGAGAUCAUGGUCAAGACCAAGGGCUAGAUCGAGGUCGAGAUCUGGUUCAAGAGGUCGUGGCAGGACUGAUGCAGUUAAUCCAGGGAUUACACUUUAUGUGACUGGCCUAUCUACGAGGGCCACUGAAAGAGACCUUGAAGAUCAUUUCUCAAAGGAAGGAAAGGUGAAAUCAGUAUUCUUGGUUGUGGAACCACGAACACGUAUCUCUCGUGGUUUUGCUUUUGUAACAAUGGAGACAGUCGAGGAUGCGAAUCGAUGUAUCAAACACCUGAAUCAAUCAGUGCUGGAGGGCCGAUACAUAACAGUGGAGAGGUCGCGGAGGAAACGCGCGAGGACUCCAACUCCUGGUCAUUAUCUUGGGCUCAAAAGCACACGCGGUGAUAGUCGCGGUGAUAGUUAUCAUGGAGAACGAGGUAGGCAUCGUGGAGGAGGUUCGAGGGGUGAUGAAUACGAGUACAGAAGGUCUCCGAGGCGGUCCCCACCAUAUAGAGGUGGGCGUGAUUACUCUCCAAGACAUUCUUCACCUUCUGCUGGAAGAUCAAGAAGGGACAGGUCCAGGUCAUAUUCUCCUCGACGCAGUCCCGAUAGGAACUAUGCACGUGGUUCUAGGUGAGAAUCGAUCAAAUCUCAAUUGGGUUAUCUUUAUGAAUGGUUAUUUUAGAGAUGAAGGAAGACUAGCACUUCAGUUAAUGAUUUGAUGCUUAUUAGCCCUGUUAUCACAGUGUGUGCCCAACUUAUUCUACUAUAGAGUAUAUUCAUCUUCUCAUUAGGUUCGUCGUUGUUGUCGGGUUUUAAGUAGACUACUUGUUUGAUUUGCUUUAAUUGCUUGUUUUGUCGAGCCCAUUUAAGUUGGUUGAGUGAGACGAUUUCUUCAACAUUAUUAUUGCAUCAGCUAUACAAUUGAGUGUGUUUGUUUUAU